CUGGAAUUUGAAAGAAUUAAUGAAAUAGCAUCAAAUGGUUAUCUUAAUAGAUCAGAAAGGGUGAAAUUGGAUCUUCGUUUUAUAGGUUAGCUGUUAUUUUCAGAUCUGAUUCAAAAUCUAAAGCAGGCCUAUUGUGUAGAAUAUCUGGUAUUGGAGAAGGCAUCUAAUGCAAACCCUAUGCAAUGUUGUCAAAAGUAGUAACCUCUCUGUAAAAAUGGUGAUGAAAGCAAGUUCAAAUAUCCAUCAAGAUCAGAUUAAAUCUACUGUGCAAACUGUGAAUAACGGCAGUUCAGAGAGAAGUUGGCUGUGUGCCCGUCCACUCAAGUCAAAAAAGAGGCCACUACCUGAAACCUGGAUAACUGGCACCUGGAGUGAAGAAGAGAUCCAGCAACUGAAGGAAAAUGUUUCCAACUACUGCAAGUUGCAUCAACUUGUGGAUCCAUCUGAGAUUAUUUUUACCAUGACCAAGACACAACGCAGUGGCUUCUACAAAGAAAUAUCCAAGAAUAUUAAUAGACCGCUGUUCUCAGUCUACAGAAAGGUUAUCAGAAUAUAUGAUGGAAGCAACUAUUUGGGCCGGUACAGCACGGAAGAGCUGGAGCGUCUCAAGGUCUUGCAUUCGAAGCAUGGCAACGACUGGCGGGCCAUUGCCGCAAAGCUUGGCAGAUCAUCAUCAAGUGUGAAGGAUCGCUGCCGCCUCCUCAGGAACAAGACUGGCAACAGAGGCUCCUGGACUGAACAAGAGGAGGACAGGCUGGCCGAUGCUGUUGAACAGCAGGUUGGCAGGAUUGGGAGCGCAGCGGCGGACUACAGCGCCGGCAUCGCGUGGUCGGCCGUGGCUGUGAGCGUUGGCACGCGCACCGAGAAGCAGUGCCGGACCAAGUGGCUCCACUACCUCAACUGGAAGCGCAACUCUGGCGUGACAUGGAGCAAAACUGAUGAUCUGCAGCUCAUCUGCAGGCUGAGCGUGUGCGGCGUGUUGGAGGAGAAAAACGUAGACUGGGCGGCCCUGGCCCGCGGGUGGCCCGCGGUGCGGUCACCUCAUUGGCUGCGCUGCAAGUGGUGGACCCUCAAACACAAGCUUCAGUCCCGACACUGCUCUGGCUUUAAAGAGAAGUGCCGUGAGCUGUACAACAGCACCCCCCGCCCCGUCCUCCUGGACACCAUGAUAACCGUACCAACAACCACGACUUGUUCUCCUGGCGCGGCAGAUGACAGAGACGUGACGCCUGCCUUGCCUGCUGGUGUCAACAUCAGGAUCUGCAUCGCUGCACACAACUUUGCUGACAUCAUUAACUUCGAUGGCCCUGAGGAAGAGAGACAGCGGAUGUUACAGCGGUUGUUGCAGUCAGCUGUUGUGGUAACCGAAACUCCGUCGGGUAACGAUGUGUCCGAGCUGAGCAAUCUCUCCACUGUUGACUUUACUUCUGGUGAAGCGGAUAAGAUCUGUGGUACUUCAAAUUAUGAGGUCUUUAGUGAAGAGGAAGCCUCGACAGAUGCCGGCGUUUCUUUAGUGACAAUGGACUCGGUGGCGUCUUUUCUUGAACAUUCUGGGAAGAAAUUCACCGUAGCCAACACUCAGGCCCAGAACAUAAAGGUGACAAGCAUUGGGUCGUCGCUGAAGGCCUCGAAUUCUGCUGUCGACAUCACCCCGUCGUCAUCAGUGGCUGGUCUGCUCAGUAGUAACACGUCACUGUGUAUUGAUGAUGCAACUUACUGCAUUAGUGCCGGUGACCUAUGUGGUCUCACCGGCUCUGAUGUGCUAGUCAUAGGCAGUGAGGUUUGUGCUGAAACUGACAAUUGUUCACGUCACGACGGAGAUGACGACGAAUUCGCUUUAAUGACUCGUCAUGACGUUGAUACAAGAUCGGUAGUACGCACUGGCACGCCGAUUUUAGAAGUUUCAAAUGAUGCCUUCAGUGGUCACGUUUCUCUGAAUGUUUGUAGCGACGACGCGCUCGACCGCAUCGAUGUAAGGGAUGACGCCAGGGAGGCGCUGGGGGGCACAGCGAAUACUUGAGAUGGAGGGCGGUUCGACCAUCAUUUUCACGGCUGAUUAACUCCACGCAAGGGAGGCAGUGGCGUCAAAUACUGCUAAUUUUCAUCUGAUACGAUAAGUGCGAGCUCUGAUGUCUGCAUCAAGUUAACUUUGUGAAGAAAAGGAAGUAUUGAUGGAGGAACAGGGCCUUAAGGAACCUAGCAAUGGAUGGCAAGAUACCGACCUACGAAUACUGGUGCAUCGAUUGAGGGCGCGUAACUCGUAGAAUAACGUUCAUGUGAAUUGAAGGUUUUCAUCGAGCACGACAGCGAUUUUGCUCUACUUCAAUAACUUGAGUAAUCAAUUAACACAGAAUCGUGCUGAUAAUUGUAGAGUCUGAUGACUUUUGCCUUGGCCGGAAGUUCCUGCUUGCGACUGGAAAUGAAAGUGAACAAAAAUGGCCUUGAUUCUUAUUUCUAAUUUAACGACCCACAACGUCAAGGACCUCAAUUGUGCAGUAAUCCCACGAUGCAGUAAUCGCAAUAAAUAAUAUUCCCGUCCCCAACAUUUGAACAAAAACAAACUUAGCAUCUGGUAAGAUUCAGGAUAGGAUUCCUGAAUCCUAUCAUCAUUUUUGGGGGGAUUAGAGGCGGAUGUCAAAGGAUUGGCUCGCUGGUAGAUCAAUGGUCAGUGAAACUACCCUACGGGUCGGAGAAUAUUUUGGUAGGUGCUUUUCUAUUUCAUCUUAUUACCAUUUAUUGUGCACGCUUAUGGUUGAUAAGAAGUACAGGUUCUAAUUGAAGGGUAAAAGAUUUUGUUUUCUUCGUGAACGGUGUUAUUGGGCUGGUUGUUCUGAUCCGGUGCCAGGCCAACAUGACCUGAUUACAGCCACCGCUUCAAUGUAUAUUAUAUUUUAUAGUUAGGAUCUUUUAUUGAGUCGUUUUCUAAUAUGUUCCUGGCUGUCGAAAAAGUAAUUUAUUUCUCGAGCCUUCAAGUCUUAAUCUUCAUUGUGAUAGUGUUGAUUGUUUGCACAGUUGAAUUAAGUAGUCAUUAAGUAUUAUCAUUUCCUUGAAUUUCUGUUUAUUUAUGUUGAUUUUAUCUAUUUAUUUACAUACUCGAGUAUUUACCAGUUGCGUUUUUAGUGUAUUUGCCCUCACUGUGAUAUCUUAAUUCUGGAAAUAAAUUUAAACCAUUGAUACAAU